AUCGAUCCAAGAUCUCAGAUCAUUAUUUCUUAGCUUCGUGGAUAUAAAAUUUACAAGUGGCUCACAGCCAAUCAGAAGGUUUAUAAGCCAUUUUACGAAGCAUUUUUAUCAAUAAAAGAUGAUUCAGAAUAUAAAUCAACCAAAAUCGACCAAUCGUAUUGAACAAUUAGUCAAAUUAUUCAAAUGCAAUUGGUCAAUUCUCUCUCUAUCUGAAAUCUCGGAUUUUUAGUGUCGUGGACACAAGGCUUUAUAGCGACAGUUUACGCAGAAUACAGGAAGCGUUAAAGAGCGGGCCUCGAAGCAGGUUGAACUUACGAUACUCCGAUAGCGAAACAAUAGCAAAGUAUUGAGACACAUCGCGAUGUAGCCUCGUUCGGAACGAAUUAUAGAGUAUUCUACCUCUGAUUUGGAGCUUCGAGCCAACUUUCCAUGUACAAUGGGUGAAUAGCAGCGUGACAAAAUGACUCACGUUGAAUCGUGUAAAGUCCGGCAGCAAAAUGAAUUGGAAGUCUUGAAGUCUAUUUUCGGUGAUGAGUUAUGCGAUUUGAGGAAGAACAAAAAUAAAAAAAAAUGGCAACCCUUAGACAUUGUUGUUACCUUAACGCCACAGAAAGGUAUGUCUGGACCAGCAGAAAUCUAUGCACAGAUAGAUUUACAUGUUAUAUGCUGCGACAAGUAUCCUGAUGAGGUGCCAAUUAUUCAGCUCCAAGAUAGCAGAGGUUUGUCUCAUCAACAAAUUGCAGUUUUAUCAUCGGAGCUUGAAAAUUUGGCACAGAAAUUGAAAGGUGAAGUUAUGAUCUUUGAAUUCAGUCAACAUGUCCAGAAAUAUUUACAUGAGCAUAACAAACCUAGUUACAGUAGUUUUUAUGAAGAGAUGGUAUCAAGAAAUCAGGAAAAAAAACAAUGUGAAAUGCAAGAGCAGCAAAUGAAAGAAGAUAAAGAAAGACAGGUUCUACAAGAUGCUAUACAAAAGCGUCAGGAAGCCUUGAAGGCUGAGAUGCGUAAUCGGAAAGAAACAGUUCGACUGACCACUGACUCUGAUGUUAUCUUUCGAUCUAUACCAUCAUCUCCACAUGAGCGAGGGACGAGCCGUUUUAGACGUCGAUGUGUCAGUACAUCGGAAAGUUCUGAAGGGUCUUUGUGUGAGCAUAGAGGUACCAAACUCAUCCACUUUGACAGUAAUAAAGGCGAGAGGCAAGUGCACCGAGGAAAAUGCCUAGGUCAUAGCACAAAGGGUUCUGUAGUAUAUGCCGGUGUGGAUAUGACCACUGGUGAACUAUUAGCUAUCACAGAAUGGACAUUAAAAUGCUCAAUGGCAAAUGAUUCCAUUCAGGAAACUAUCGAUAUACAUCAUGCCAUGAAACAAAUAGCCAGUUUAGAGCAAGAACUGAAUCACUUGUACAAAUUGCAUCAUCCAAAUCUUGUGCAUUAUUUAAAUAUGAAAUAUCUACAAAACAACAAUAGUGUGAUGAUUUACGUGCUUCAAGAAUUUGUGGUUGGCACCACAUGCUCGUUCUUCCUAAUGGAAAACAUUCCAGUCGACGUCGACAUGUUGAGACACUUGGCAACGGGUGUUCUCGAGGCGUUGCAUUAUCUUCAUGAGAAUAAUGUAGUGCAUAAAGAUCUGCGCGACACCAGCGUUUAUAUAGAUCACACUGGUGUUGUCAGAUUAUCCGAUUAUUCUUUAGAUAAGAGAUUGUCAGAUAUGUAUCAUACAAAUUCCUUAGUAAAGACUGAACACGAUUUUCCAACAAUUCAAGGCCGAGGGGGUAAAAAAGCGGAUAUAUAUAGAUACGGAAUAUUACUACUCUCCUUAUUAAAAGGAACUAUCAUAUCUGGAGAAGAGAUUGAUCUCACUGUAAUUCCACAGCUUCAUCUCAGGGACUUUAUCUCGAAAUGUCUAAUCGACGACGAGCGGAUGCGUUGGUCUGCGGAACAACUGCAGCAACAUGGUUUUAUAAGAAUACCAUUAGAACGAGGUUUAUCACCCACAACGCCGGUCCAUGAUGAGAAGGAGAAAAACUUGGAGCCGGAAGAACCAGACACCGAUAUUCACAUACACUUACCAUCAAUGGGUGGACAAUCGCGAAUACAGAACGAGUUUGAAGUUUUAAAAUGGUUGGGAAAAGGUGCCUUCGGCGAUGUCUUGAAAGUGAGAAACAAAUUGGAUGGCGGUAUUUACGCUAUCAAACGAAUAAAAUUAAAUCCAAAGAAUAAACAAUUAAAUAAGAAAAUUACACGUGAAGUGAAACUACUUUCUAGAAUGAAUCAUGAAAAUGUGGUACGUUAUUACAAUUCAUGGAUCGAAAGUGCCACUUUGGACGAUUCGGUCAGACGCAGUCAGUUCACGCCGAUUACCACAUUUUCAGACACAACGACCACUACGCAGAACAAAGCAGACAUAGUUAAUCAUCUGGAGAGCGAUGAGAUAGAAAAAUUUGCACCGCCGUUACGCGAUGUUGAAUGGAAUAUAUCAUAUGAAUCUCGAGCCAAUGUCGCUGAUAGUGAUGAUGAGAAUAGCGACACUUCUACUGAUUCGGAUAGCGAAGAACAUUGCGCAUUUCUAAUGCGAACCUUAUUACGUAUCGAAUCUUCCGAUAGUAUUGAAUUUGAAAGAGAUGGUAUAUCACAAAAAUCUGCAAUAGCAUCAGAUGUAUCAAAUAAUGACAUUAAAGACACUGAAACUUCUAGCGAGGAUGUGAUGAUAAAGGAAAUACAAUUCAUGUAUAUACAAAUGGAAUUUUGUGAGAAAAGCACAUUGAGAACAGCUAUAGAUAAUGGUUUGUAUGAAGACGAGGAACGUGUCUGGAGAUUGUUCCGUGAAAUCGUGGAAGGUCUAGCGCACAUUCAUCAACAGGGUAUGAUACAUAGGGAUCUGAAACCUGUAAACAUCUUCCUGGAUAGUAACGAUCACGUUAAGAUAGGAGAUUUUGGAUUAGCCACGACUAAUAUACUAUCAACGUUGGUCCAAACCAUCGAUACGGAUAAAGAAUCACAAUUUGAGAAAGGUGGAAGUUUUGACUUGGAAGAAUUGGGAUCUCUCACCGGCCAAGUUGGUACAGCUUUAUAUGUAGCUCCUGAACUUACUACAAAAGCUGCUAAAGCAAUUUACAAUCAAAAAGUGGAUAUCUACAGCUUGGGAAUUAUCUUUUUCGAAAUGACAUACAAGCCGCUGACUACUGGGAUGGAGCGCGUCAAGGUUUUGUUGAACUUGCGUUCCAAAGAGAUCGUCUUUCCUCCUGACAUAGCAGAAACAGACGCGCCGUCUCAAGUUCAUAUUAUACGUUGGCUGCUGAAUCACGAUCCGAGUCAACGUCCUACCGCUCACGAAUUACUUUCUUCCGCAUAUUUGCCGCCACCUCAAUUGGAAGAAACCGAAUUGCAAGAAAUGAUGCGUCAUACGUUGUCCAAUAGCCAAAGUAAAGCGUACAAGUAUCUAGUAGCAUCGUGCUUCACGCAAGAUGUUACGCCGGCAGAGGAUAUUACUUAUGACAUGAAUUUACCUGUUAGGGAAACGCCAAGUGUUCUUUCUUCAAAAAAGCAGUUUUUGCAAGAAAGUGUGAAGCAGAAGAUCGUUGAGAUAUUUCAAAAGCACGGCGGAAUAUAUGUCGCGACCCCAUUGUUAAUGCCUAAAUCCUUUCAGCAUUCCAACUUUACCGAAUCUAGCGUGAAAUUGAUGACACGCACUGGCAGUAUAGUUUCCAUACCUCACGAUCUUCGCACUCCUUUCGCUCGUUACAUUGUGUGGAAUAAUAUCUCGCACAUUCGAAGAUAUGCUAUUGAACGUGUUUUCAGAGAUAAAAAGGCUCGAGGAUUUCAUCCUAGAGAAUUGUACGAGUGUGCUUUCGACAUCAUUAGUCCUGUAGACAAUAAUUUGCUAAUGGAGGCUGAACUAAUCUUUAUCAUAUGGGAAAUUUUUAAUGAGUUACCGCAGAUCCGAGAACAUAAUUUCAUAGUGCGCCUAAAUCACACGUCGCUAUUACAAGCAGUGCUGAUGUACUGCGGCGUGGAGAAGGACAAAUAUCAGGAUAUAUAUUCAAUUCUGCAGGAUGCUCGCGACGGAAAAUUAACUAAAUUCCAAGUCCAAACGCAUUUGAUAAGCUUAUGUCUUACCGAUCAAGCUAUGGAAACGCUUUUUAAUUUGCUCGAAACGGAAAGUUCCGUUGCAAAAAUCACUAGUGUUUUAAGGACAAUAACGAGAAGAAAAGGGGACGCUGCAGGUUUAGCCAAAGAAGGCUUGAAAGAUAUAGAAACUGUAAUAUCUAAUGUAGAAAGUUUUGGUGUAAAGUGGCCUAUUACUGUCGUACCUUUAUUAACAUAUAAUGUACAACAAUACAGUGGUGUGAUAUAUCAAAUAACUUGCGAAUUAAAGCAUAGACGAAGACGAGGCGGUCAAGACGUCAUAGCUGCGGGCGGUCGAUAUGAUAAGAUGCUGAUGUCAUUUAGAAAAGUUUUAGAGCGCACUGGAAUGGCUAGUAAGGAAACAAAACAAUACGGUGCUGGCAUUAGUAUAUCGUUAGAUAAAUUGGUAUCUGCCGUCACCGAGACGCGUGAGGAGAAUUCGAGCGGUGAAAAUAAAUGCGGGAUUGACGUGGCUAUAUGUUGCGAAGGAAGUCCAGGAAGCGAAGGACGAAGAGAGAAAGAAAUGAUUAAUGUAUUACGAGAAAUCUGGUCAUUAGGGUUGAAGGUUACAACGUUAGAUCUAUGUACUAUGGAAGAGAUAUUAGAAUACUGCCAAGAAAAUUCUAUAAAUCAUAUAGUAUUAUUAAGAAAUGGCACUUUAAGAGUACAAACAUGGGAGAGAGACCGAUUUCAGGAGAAGAAAUGGAAUACUAUUCAAGAUAUCGUUGAAUAUUUACAACGACAAUCGGAAACCGCGUUGCCCAUUUUGAGCAGAUCUGAAAGUAAAAUGAGCGCGAAUGAUGUGAUAGUAACGCCGAGCAAUCCGGUCAACGCUAACAUCAAUUUCAUUCUCUCCGAGAGAGAUAAACUAUCCGGCAGUGGCAGAAGGAGUUUCAAGAACACUAUACUUGCACAAAUGUCGUCCUACUUGCAGAGAAUAUCGCAUAAAGUUCCUGUAGAGAUUUUCGCUGUUUUUCUGGAAAUGUCCGUUAUAAGAACGAUAAUCAGUUUUCUGGAAAUCGACGAGGAGGAACAAGUCUUUCAAAAGAGCAUUCAGAUUGUGAUAGAUAAACAUCCACGACACAAGAAGUAUAUCAAACAAAUAUGCGAGGAAAUGAAGGAAUUACGGAAUGAAAAGUCUAAGCCUGUAGAGAUACUUUAUAGUUUGACAGAUAGCGGAUAUCUGACUUUAAUAUAAGUGAUAUCGAAACCGAAUAAUAUAUUUUCGUAAUGAUUAUGUAAGAUGUCAAUAGUGAUGAGUGAUUGUAUAAAUGUAUGCUGAUCAACAUGAAAGAUUUUGAUACUUAAACACAUUUUUUGUACUGCAUAUAUUAUAUAUUUUUCAAUACCAGCAUUUAAUAAAAAAAAGACUAAGAUGUGAUGUUUUAAAAUGAAUUUUUAUAUAUAAAUAUAUACCAUGACAUUACACAUUUCUGUUUCAAUUCUUCCUACAAAAUUAAAAUAUAUUUGAAAGAUGUGCAUAUAUUUCGUAUGCGAUAUAAAUUGAUUUUUCCAAUAUUCUUUGUUUAUAUAUAAAAAUAUAUUCUUAAGAUUAAAUCCUGACACAGUAGUUUCCUUCAUUUUUAUUCGCGUGUGAAUAUAAUUGCAUACCGCAGCCAGUGUUAUGUUUUAUGAUCACUUUUUAUGUAUUCCUUUAUCUUAUAUUUUCAAUAUUCAACUUCAUGGAAAUCGUGUUAUGUUUCAACUCUUUAUUUCGUAGAAUAUCAAUCUUGGAGAUAAAUUUUGAAAGUUGAACGAUAUUAGCGACACGCAAACGAUAAGAAACGCGUUCAUCACACACGUUCUCGCUAAAAUCAAUUAUCUGCGGCGCAACCCUUCUCCGCGAAUCAAUAUGACUUUGAAACGAUAUAUAUGACUGCGAUUACGAUGCGCGGGGACCUUAGAGACUCGCUAGUUCGCUAGUGUGCAGCUAUUCUAACUUUAGAAACAACCUGUCCAAGUAUGUAUCAUCGCAUUAAUCUCGUACUCGAAAUCUGAUCUGAAAUUAGCUAUUGCGAACUUAAACGUGGAACCACUUCUAAUGACGAUGCUGCUUUAAUAGAAU